UCACAUUGCAGAGGGAAAGCUUGUGAUACUUACCUUAAACUAUCAUCAGGUGAUCUGGCUAGAACCUCUGAGAUGAUAGAGACACAGCGGAGUACCUUUGACGGGGAUGAUGCUCUCUGUGUCCAGAACCUUCAAUCUAUUGCUGGCUAUAUUCACUCAGCAGGGGAUUUAUUGACAAGAGUAGAGGAAGCUGUUGAGAGGUUCUUGUAUUGGGUGAAGGAGUAAUGAUAUAUGAAGCAGUUACUUCAAGUCUCAGUAGUCAUGAUGCCCCAGUCACUGGUGGAGUAGCAGAUGAAGUAUUUGAUGACAGUGGAGUGAGUAGUAUCAGUGGUAGCAGUACUGGAGGAGGAGGGAAUACUAGCAGCUGUCAUUCAAGAGAUGAGUCAACACCAGAUACUACUAAUGUUCAUGGCGGUAAUUGCUGGUCACCCUCAAGGAGGAACAUUGGUCUUGAUGAUUCUAUUAGUGAGAAGUGGGCUCAAGCUAGCAGCAACUGCUCAGAUGCCAAAGAAUAUCUCGAGAUGAUUUGUAGAUCUAGAGAUUUAUCCGAUGAACUAACACAAUUUGAUCUAAGGAAGGAACAAAAACUGAGACAGGUUUUCCUUGAUCUUGCUCCUGGACAAAUGGAGUAAAAUGAGAAAUGAAUUUUCAUGUAAAUACAGUUUGUCUCUAAUAAUAACACAGUAACAACAACAGGAGGAGGAGGAGGAGGAGGA